UAUUUAAAAGUGAAAGUAUAGUGAUACAUUCUGAUUCCCACCUGCCCAAUAAUCAUAAGAAAACUGCAAACGACCACUCUUUAAAUAGUAAUCUGUUUGCGGAAUCAACUGUACCAAUGAUUGCAACUCCUAGCCCACUAACAGUAAUAUCUACACGGAAACGAGAGCCUGUAAUUAAGCAACUCAACCCACUUACAUUGAGCAGUAAUGUAGGUGACCAAAUGAGUACGAUUGGUGCACAACAUGGUAAUGAAAAUCAUAAAGGUGAAUUUAGGAACAAUGUGGCAUUAUUUAAUCAACGUCAAAAGUACAUUAAUAAAUAUGAACUGCCACAAUUGCAUUCCGCUGGCGGGGUAACCACAAGUACUUGUAAUACUAUAGGCUACAAACCUGUAGAAAUAAUGGAGGAACCUGCUAAACCACGUCGUUGGGAACAGAAGCAAGUGCAAAUAAAAACGAUGGAAGGGGAAUUUAGUGUAACAAUGUGGGCUUCCGGUAAUUCCGACGACGACAUUUCAAAUCCAGAUCAUGAGGCAGAUUAUCAAGAUUUUAUAUCUUGUGAGGAACAAGAAGUGGAUGAAGACUGUGACAUUCCUGAUCCUGUACAGGGACUUGUGUCUACUAUCAAUAGCAAUGAUUUCCAACAAGAGCACUUAUUGCAUAGGCAACUAAUCAUACAGCAGCACGAGCUGCACUCCUCCCAAGUUUUAGUUCGGAAUACAGUCGAUUCUGGAGAUGCGUCAAAUCCUGCAAAUGAUAGAUGUGGCACAAAUUCAUCCACAAUAAUAGGGUUAGAUACAUCUCCUCAUCCGCAGUUAUCUGAAUAUGCUGGACCUAGCAACGUAGACAAUAAAUUAAGAUGUAAAAAGACUGUAGCAAAUAAUAAGACCGACCCUUAUGUCACGUCAAAUGAAGAAAAUGCCAAAAAUGUAGUUUUGCCAGUUUCGCGAGCAGGUGUAUUGGCCGCACCACUUAUUCAUCCUGCCAAUACCGCUGUUAUUACCAUGACUAGUAUGAAUAGUGGCAGCUUAUCAAAUGCUUUGCCAGUAAGUGUUGUCGUGCAACAAAAUCCACAAGUUGUUUCAACUUCACCACCGCCUUUAAGCUAUAGUAACAAAAUUAAUACAGCGGCAUCAGAAAGUAAUUGCAAUGGCCCUGGCGAAAAACGUAUUGCUUGCCCUCAAAAAGGAUGCUACAAGUUUUUUCGUGAUAAUUCAGCAAUGCGUAAACAUUUGCAUACACACGGCCCGCGUGUUCAUGUCUGUGCCGAGUGUGGAAAAGCUUUUGUUGAAAGUUCAAAACUGAAGCGCCAUCAGCUGGUACAUACUGGAGAAAAGCCAUUUCAGUGCACAUUUGAAGGUUGUGGAAAGCGUUUCUCGUUGGAUUUUAAUUUAAGAACCCAUGUGCGAAUUCAUACGGGCGAUCGACCAUACGUUUGCCCUUUCGAUGGUUGUAAUAAAAAGUUUGCGCAGUCUACAAACUUGAAAUCACAUAUUUUAACACACGCUAAAACUAAGCGAAGUUCUCUCGGUGGUAAUUGCAGUAAUAUUAAUAAUGAUUCCAGCAGCCCAGCGCAGUUGGCUACUCAAAAUCUUAUAAAAGUUGAAAUGAACGAAAUUGAUUCCAACUCCUCGUACGUUGUUUACACUGAUUAAUAUAUUUUUCACAUCAUAAAAACAAGCAAACCAAUACAUACUGUUUUUUCUAA